CCUCAGGCAACACACUCUGCUACUACCGGACAGGAUCUGCAUCUCAAACCCGAGAAUCAACACUAAAGGUGAAGCAUGGCUCGUACCAAGCAGACCGCUCGUAAAUCCACCGGAGGAAAGGCGCCGAGGAAGCAGCUGGCCACCAAGGCUGCCAGGAAAAGCGCGCCCUCUACCGGCGGAGUGAAGAAGCCCCACAGAUACAGGCCCGGCACCGUCGCCCUGCGUGAGAUCCGUCGUUACCAGAAGUCGACCGAGCUGCUGAUCAGGAAGCUGCCCUUCCAGCGUCUCGUCAGGGAAAUCGCUCAGGAUUUCAAGACAGACCUGCGUUUCCAGAGUGCAGCCAUUGGUGCUCUGCAGGAAGCCAGCGAGGCCUACCUGGUGGGACUCUUCGAGGACACCAACCUGUGCGCCAUCCACGCCAAGAGGGUCACCAUCAUGCCCAAGGACAUCCAGCUGGCCAGGCGAAUUAGAGGGGAGCGUGCAUAAAUGAUUGGAUUUUAUCUUUUUACCAUAGGGGGGGAGGGAGGGGCUGUCUGGGGUUUUGUUUUGUAAAUCUUGAACUCUUACCAGCAUGUGUAUCACCUGACUUGUCGUCUGUAGUUUCAGGCAUGUUUUUCUUUUUGUACUUCAUUUGUCAAUAAACUCUACUUUAUUCUCACUCGUCCUGUUAACUGUAGAAUAGAGCUUCAUCUGUAAAUUCUGAAUCCAUAUCUCACUGCCUUUCUCAGGUUUGCAAGUCUAUUUUAGAAUCUGUACCUUUAACCCUGUGUGUGCAUGUCAUAGGGUUUUUCGUGCUGUAAAUAAACUAUCCGCUACCUCAAA